AUACUGAAUCUAACAACCAUUCUAAUGACUAUUCUAACGAUUAUUCUAAUGACUAUUCUAAUGACUAUUCUAACGACUAUUCUAAUAAUGAAUUAUCUUCAAUAUCUGAAAUAAAUUCUCCUAUUCUAACUAUAUCAAAUAAAUCUUCAAAAUGA